AUUUUACCGGAUCCCACCCCUGUCUUCUUCGUUUCUGUCAUUUCUCCAUGGCCGCUGUACCUGCUGCUACGGGAGAAUGGCGGAGGUCAGUCGGAGAUUGGGGAGCGGAGUUUACAGAUUUUCAGCUAUCAGAAACGCACCGACUCACUCCAUCCCCUGCGCCGAAGAUCGACCACACGAAACGAUGUCAGUAGCAGCAGCAGCAACCUCUAUAAUUGGAGCCAGAACCUUUAAAGCCAAGGUAACCGGACAAGGGAUUUACGAAUGUCACCCGGUGUCAACAAGGGACAGUCAGGCGAGUUCCUGGGAACCUGAACGUAACAACCGCAAAGAGAAUGCACAGGAAUGCACGGAGACAGAACACAUUCAUCAAAUACUUUCUAGGCUAAAACAUGAGAACAGACUGGGGUAUGGGACAUUACUUUGGUCAAGUAGUGAUUUGCUUUUAUUAGACAUUAAUGCUAAACCCGUUAUCAUAUUAGCAACUGUUCAGGAUAGUGAGCUCAGACGGUCACCAUUGUACCUGUGGCCCAGUGUACAGCCUCUGUCCAAGGGUAACCUAGUAACAGUGCACAGGAUGAUGUGUUGGAAUAGCAGAGGUGUUGUCAUGGCCACCUUACACCCUGAAAUCUUUGGGUCACCUCAGCAGCUCCAAGCAUUCAGCACGGUCAUGCUGACAGAGCAGCAGUCAGGCCGGUUUCGACCUCACCCAGAGGUCCUGUACUCCACCAGGACUUACAGCUGGAGGAGCAAAAACAACCAGUCAGACUUCCCGCCUCUUCACAGGAGCAGAACGGCCUACUACGACAUCCUCCGAGUGUCCCCAAGCGCCACCCAAUCCCAAAUAAAAACAGCAUAUUACAAGCAGUCGUUCAUCUACCACCCAGACAAGAACCCCGACAACGAGGAAGCCACCCAGCGUUUCUCUGAGAUCACCGAGGCCUAUAGCGUGCUGGGGAGCAUGGCCCUGAGGAGGAAGUACGACCGCGGCAUCCUCAGUGGGUCAGACAUCCGGGGGGCAGGGAGACCCUCGGACCGGGAGGCCACCUCCAGCAACAGAGCCUCUGGCCCACAGCAGCAUCAACAACAGCAGAGAUCCCGACGGUUCUCCAACGUUGGAGGGAAGGCCAUGUUUGACUUUGAUGCCUUCUUCCAGGCUCACUAUGGAGAGCAGCUGCAGAGGGAGAAGGAGCUGAGGGCCAGAAGGGCCCAGUACCAGCAGAAACAGCAGCAGGAUUAUAAGCAGUGGAAGCUGGGGAAGAUGUUGGAGAUUACUGUAGGGGUGCUGCUGGCCAUGGGAGGAGUCAUCUUCUUCAGUAUCACCAGGUCCUGAAAUAGAAAUAAACCAAUCUGUCCCUACCUACCUGUUGAGGUUCUGUCUUUGUGAAACACUUCAAUCAACCACUUGUCCAAUGUUUAAAUUUCUCUCUCUUCCCAGGUUAUUUUCACAAUAAACCGUUGACUUUCGACAAGAA